CUGGUAUGAAAAACUGAGAAAGUCGCCACAAGAACAAAGUGUUAACGCAGAUCGGCUAGUGUCCCCCAUUUGCCACGAUGACUUCAGUCAGUCAACGGGAUAAAAAUGCAACGUACGUGUUCGCCAGUCGGCCCAGGCCGGUCGAGAGCCGCUCAAAGUUCAGCGGGUCCCCCACGGAAAGUCCCCAGUAUGGAAAUAUUAUGUACGACCGACGGGUCAUCCGCGGGAACGUUCACGGUCAACACAUGUUGCCGGCGAAGACAACGAUGCAGGGGGCCGAUAUUCAACAGCAACACCGAUUCCGGAGGAGGUCGGUGGAGUUCAUGAGGUCCAGGGACCACGUCUGGUUCAAGACUCACGACAACCUGCCCGGUAGAAAACACAUUGACGUGCAAACCGACUCCUAUCUGGAGGAGCUGAGUAACAUCCUGGUGACGAAAGAUAUCGACUCGCAAACGGAUCGUUUCUUGGACAGGCCGGCAACGCCGCUAUUCAUCCCCGCCAAAUCUGGCGAAGAUGUCGCCACGCAAAUCGAAGAGGGGGAGUUGUUUGACUUUGACAGGGAGGUGCAACCGGUGUUGGAGGUCCUGGUGGGCAAAACCAUCGAGCAGUCUCUCCUGGAGGUGAUGGAAGAGGAAGAGCUGGCUUGUUUGCGAGCCCAGCAGAGGGCCUUCGAGCAGCUAAGAAACGCCGAGUUGGCCGAAGUGCAGCGACUGCAGGAGCAGGAGCGCCGCCGCAACGAGGAAAAGGAGUGCCGCAUUGCCCAGCAGAAGGAGGCGGUGAGGAAAGAGAAAGAAACGGCCGAGAUGAUCGCCGCCCAAGCGUGCGCGCAGCAGUUCCUCUCCAAACUUUUCCCCGCCGUCUUCGCCUCGCUGAGGAGACACGGUUACUUCUAUGAUCCGGUGGAGCGAGAUAUCGAGGUGAAUUUCUUCCAGUGGCUGAUGGCCGAGGUGAACAACACCCUGGAGAAGAGGAACUCGGCCAGGCUGCUGCUGGACACCAUCAUCCACGACAUCGCCCUGGAGAGGCGGGAUUUCUUCAAGGAUUUGGAGGCCGAACUGGUCCAAUCGGACUAGGAGAGAAAGUGGCCAGGCUAGUCUGCCGGGUCGGGCCUGCGAUUGAUUGACCGAUCCAAUUCAAUAACCUUCAGAGUGGGGCCGACUAUUUUGUUUUUGGCUCGUCAUGUUUUGCUGCCUGCCGCAGCCU